UUCAAUUGGAGGAGUUGAGUGAGGAGGUGUCCUGUUAUAACCCUGAUAUAUCAUUCCGUUAAGAGAAUUGGGUUCUUUCGUUGCACAAACAGAAUGUAACAUCCAGUUUAGUCAAGAUUCGGAAUUCAAGUUUACCACAAACAGUAUUACAGCGCCAUUGGUGUGACGUGGCCAUGCGUGACGUGUACGUGCUGCUUAAUCAGUGAUCAACAGGAUUAUCCGAUAACACGUUGAUUAAAUGAUCAUUGAUAACUUUCUCAGUGGACGCUUUGAGCAGCACAUGUGAACAUGUAUUCUGAUGAGAUUAUAGAUGGAGUGGGAGGAAUGUCCAAGUUCCAGGCCUUGGUAAUAUUUGUGUUUAAUGGGCCGAAGCUGAUUACGUCUUGGGGAAUGUUGAUGAUGUCUUUCGCGGGGGUGACGCCACAACUAUGGUGGUGUGUUAAUGUAAUUAACAACGACGCCAGUAAUAACACAGGAUUGAAACAGUGCUCAGUUGGGGACAAUAGCACCACGUGUGCCUUUGUGUACAGCACGGAGAAAAGUACUGUUGUAAAUGAGUGGGACUUUGUCUGUGACAGGGCAGGAAUCAGGCUGUUAAUCACAUCGGUACAAAUGGGAGGUGUUUUGAUAGGAGCCCUCUUCAGUGGCCAGUCUGCUGACGUUAUUGGCAGAAAGAAGACAUUAUUUAUCGCUCUAUUGUUACAUGGAGGACUGAACUUGGUGGCUGCGUUUUCAGUGUCAUGGCAGAUGUUUAUAGUGCUAAGGUUUCUUAUUGGAGCUAUGGUUGGUUCACACUUAGUGGUUAGUUUUCCCUACACCAUGGAGUUCAUAGGAAAGGGUUGGCGUCAGAUCACAUCUGCAAUUACGUUCUGGCAAUUUGGAUCAGCCCUGUUUGCCAUGUCGUGUUGGCUGCGCCCGGAUUGGUCUGAUCAACAUAUCAUACUAGCUGCCCUACAUAUCCCUUUCUUGGCUUGUUGGUUUGUUGCGCCAGAAAGUUUGCGGUGGCUGGCAGUUCAUGGUAAGCUGGAGGAGGCAGAGAAUGUGGUGGAUCAGAUGGCUCGCUACAACAAAAGAAAGAAGCCAGCCAACACUGCCAUUCUCCUGAAGAAACUGUCAGAAGAGGAGAAGAAAAGGAGAAAUUCCGAUCACAAAUACAACUAUCGUGACAUUUAUCGUCACUGGGAUAUCUGUUGGAAAUCUCUGGUUAUUCAGGUGAUCUGGAUGUGCAUGUCCUUUUCGUAUUAUGGAAUUUCAUUCGGCGUUGGAAACUUGGCGGGGAACCUCUACCUCAACAUGUUCCUUGUUUCUAUCAUAGCAUUACCCGGAACAACGAUGGUAUUCUUUCUAAGUAGCAGAAUCGGAAGGAGAUGGACAACAUUCAUCUUUUUCUCUGUGGCUACCAUUGGGGCAUUUGGCGUGGUUAUUGUAUCCAGAGUCGUUUCCAGUGAAAGCAUCCGUGGACCAGCAACAACGACGAUGGCUCUGAUCUGUAGGUUUGGAGUAGGGUCCGCUUGGAACUCUUUUCAGACGACCACCAGUGAGCAAUACCCAACAGUUAUCAGGAAUCUGGGUUAUGGUGCUGCCAACACUGCUGCCCGUGUAGGGAGUAUCGUGUCUCCUUAUGCAUUUGCCAUGGGAGGUGAAGAUCUAUUACCCCCUUUUGUUAUUGUCGGAUCGACCAUGGCAGUCUGUACACUGUUAACAGUAUUGUUGCCCGAGACAAAUAAAACCCCGCUGGCGGACACGACAGUAGAGAUUUCGAGAAGAGAUUACACACUUGAUAAAGAUGUUGAAGAAGUCAGUGAAGAGAAGACUGUUAGAAAAAGCUCAUUGGAGAUUUGACAAAUUUCUGUACUCAAUAUUGUGUUUCGCUGAAUGCAGGCGCUAUGGGCUCCUGUUAUAUCAAUGAGGGAGCGGACCACAUCACCAUUUCAUUGUAAUCAGAGAAUUGAACGAGAAAGCUCUUUAACUUCGUGCAUUGACAGAUGGACAACUUUGAAUUACAGUGACACACGGUUAGAUAUUUUCCUAGAUCGUUUCUGUAGAAUCAAGCUGCACAUGUACAUAUUGGCGGUCUUUACCGGGGUCCCCUGUUUACAUAUAAGAGCGCGUGUUUGUGACUAUACGUUUCUCCGGAAACACGUUAAUCUAGACGAUGUCACUAGAAAUUAUAGUCCCUAUCACCGUUGUUUCAUAUUAGACAGUUGUUUUGGCGAGAUACUGGUGGUCCAAAUAAGUUACAUAUCUACCACCAAACAAAGUCCAAAUCAUAAGGAAAUAACAUAUUCAAGAAUCUACACUCACUCUACAUGUAAUAAUAUUGAACUGAGUUGAUGAGUAUUCAUGAUCACCGUCUUCAAUAUCAUGUUGGUUGUCUCAUGCCGAGUCAACUUUUUAUGAAGGGGAAAGCCCAAAGUGCUGCAGGUUCCACUACGUUUGUCACACAACAAGGUAAAAUCCACAAGCACGGUUAUGGUGCGCAGACACAGAAUCGCAACUGACAAUUUGGUUUAGUGAUGUUUAUGUGAGGCAAAAUGAAUGUUUCUAAAUGGUACAAAUAUUACAUAUAAUAGAAAAACUACUAAAUAUGAAAUGACAUGCAGUGUACACAUGAUGUAUUUUGUUCGUAACGCCGAUAACUGUUAUACAUAAAUACAUUCAAUGUUUUAAAUCGUGUAUGCAUACACACGAACAGAUCUACAUUUUUUACAAUACUGAAGGCUAUGUAUCAGCGAUUCGUGUUAAUAAAAUG